AUGAGUAAAAAGAAAGCAACCAAAAAACCACCGACAUUCGAAUUUCCAGAUUUCUAUGACUAUCCACCAUUCUGGACUCUUCAAACAAAUAGCCAGACUAAAAAGCAGCAGUUAGACCUUUGGGCGAGUUUUAUUUGCGCAUACACAAAGUUUUACAAAAAGACAGAAAUUGAUAUGAUUCAAGCCUUAGAUGCACCAUUAUUCAAUAACCAAAAAUUGGGAAGAAGAGUUUCCCAACAGAUGAUGACAGAAAUCAUAGACUACAUGGUUCAAUCAGAGAAUGCUAAAUGGUUAGAAAGUACAAAAACACGUGCUAGAAUCAUUUGGAGAACUACUCAACAAAUUGGAGACAUGGUUCGCCAGUACUUAGACAAUAUUGGUUCUCUUAAUACAAUGAUGACCUACGAAGAACUUAUCAAUGGCGAUGAGACCGAAGGCGAGGGAUUCCAUGGAUUAAGUGCAGACGAAUUCCAUGAUGCAAUGACUUUCAUGGAGAGCAAGGGAAGGUGCAAGAUUAUUCCUGGUUCCAGUUUGGUAGAAUAUGGUGUUAAAUUCUUUUAG